CAACCAUUGAGAAGGACUAAUCGCAGCUAAAGAAAUAUGCGGUUAGCGGUCAUCUUAGGUUUUACAGCAUUGGCUCUCGGCAACAAUGCUCACUACACAAAGCAGUCGAGGAAGUUCCCUGAGGGCUUUGUAUUUGGCACGGCCACCGCCUCCUACCAAAUCGAGGGCGCUUGGAAUGAAGACGGUAAAAGUGAAAACAUCUGGGACCACAUGACCCACAACAAACCUCACGUCAUCAUUGACCAAAGCAAUGGUGAUAUUGCUGCAGACUCCUACCACAACUACAAACGCGACGUCGAGAUGAUGCGAGAACUGGGAGUGGACGCCUACCGGUUCUCCCUUUCUUGGUCUAGAAUUCUACCUUCAGGCUUUACCAACGAAAUAAAUCAAGCAGGCAUCGACUUCUACAAUAACUACAUCAAUGAGAUGGUCAAGUACAAUAUACAACCAAUGAUCACGCUAUACCACUGGGACUUGCCUCAAAAACUACAAGAACUAGGAGGUUUUGCCAACCCUCUCAUAGUUGAAUGGUUUGAAGAUUACGCUAGAGUGGCUUAUGAAUUGUUCGGCGAUAGAGUUAAAGACUGGAUCACUUUUAACGAGCCUAAAGAAGUUUGUUAUCAAGGCUAUGGUGCUACCACCAUGGCGCCGCAGCUGAAUUCUACCGGUGUAGGAGACUAUCUGUGUGCGAAGAACUUGUUAAUUGCCCACGCGAAGGCGUACCACGCGUAUAACAACGACUUCAAGCCCAGCCAGGGAGGGCGCUGCGGCAUCACGAUCGCUGUUACUUCAUUUGAGCCUCUGACGGAUUCUGACGAGGACGAGGCAGCAGCUGAAAUGAAUAGACAAGCCCAGUAUGGCAUAUACGCGGAACCCAUUUUCUCUGAACAAGGCGGGUUCCCCAAAGAAUUUUCCGAACGCGUCGCUGCCAAAAGCAAGGCGCAAGGUUACCCUAGAUCUCGACUACCAGAAUUCACUGAAGAAGAAAAGGCAUACGUCAAAGGAUCUGCAGAUUUCUUUGGAAUAAACCACUAUUCGUCUCUUCUGAUAUCAGCUAAUGAAUAUAAGGGUGAACACCCAGUACCCAGCAUGUACGAUGAUAUAGAUACUGGAGAAUUUGUGCCCGCAGACUGGCCAACAAGCGCUUCAACGUGGUUGUUUCAAGCACCGAAUAGCAUGUACAACGUCCUAACCCACUUGCACAAGAGGUACAACGGGCCAGUGUUGUACGUGACUGAAAACGGCUGGUCGACGGGUGAGGGCCAGCAAGACGACGACCGCGUGCGGUACUACCGCGCCGCGCUGGAGGACGCGCUGGACGCCCUGGACGAAGGAGUACGCCUUGAAAAGUACAUGGCCUGGAGCCUUAUGGAUAACUUUGAGUGGAUGCAGGGAUACAAGGAGCGUUUCGGAUUGUACGAGGUGGACUUCACAUCUCCCGAGCGGACGCGAACCCCGCGCAAGUCGGCGCUCGUGUACAAGCACAUCGUCGCCACUAGAAUGAUCGACCACAACUACGAACCAGAAAGCCUCGACAUCACCAUUGAUGAAGGACAUUAA